UGAAUAGGAAGCGAGAGACUUCCUGGCGUCCGGGGGCUCAGCCCGGCGCGGACAGCUCGGCCCCAGCCCUCCAUCAACGCCUUGGGGGGACCCCCACGCGGGGCGGCAGCUGUCCAGCCUGGGGCGGCGAGUGGGUGUGAGCCUUGGGGGCCGGCCAAACUUCCUGUCCCGCGCUGCCGCUGCUUCCGGCGGGAGCCGGAAGACGCUGUGUGUGGACGGAAUUCGGGACCGACUGACGGCUAGCAGGCUGCCCGGGACGGGGAGGCUAAAUUGAUUAUCCACUCAGCACAGCAUCUUACAGGAAAAGCAUAGCAUUUCCUAAAGGAAUAUGAGCAUAGCAGGAAGGUGUCAUUGACUCUGAAUUAAAUUUUUAACCUGUCCCCUCAACAGCUACAGGAUUUGGAAGCUGAAUCAAUGUUAUCAGAUGAGUUAGAAUCCAAACCAGAGCUCCUGGUACAGUUCGUUCAGAAUACAUCCAUCCCAUUGGGACAGGGGCUAGUAGAAUCAGAAGCUAAAGACAUUACUUGCUUGUCCCUCCUUCCGGUGACUGAGGCCUCAGAAUGCAGUCGGCUAAUGUUACCAGAUGAUACUCCAAGUCAUACAAACUCCUCCAAGGAGGUCCCUUCCUCGGCCGUGUUGAGAAGCCUUCAGGUGAAUGUGGGUCCAGACGGAGAAGAGACGAGGGCUCAGACUGUACAGAAGUCCCCGGAGUUUUUGUCCACUCCAGAGUCUCCUAGCUUGUUGCAAGAUCUACAGCCAAGUGAUAGCACUUCUUUUAUUCUUCUUAACCUAACAAGAGCAGGUCUGGGCUCUUCAGCUGAGCACUUAGUAUUUGUACAAGAUGAGGCGGAGGAUUCAGGGAAUGAUUUCCUCUCCAGUGAGAGCACGGAUAGUAGUAUUCCAUGGUUCCUCCGGGUUCAGGAGUUGGCUCAUGAUAGUUUGAUUGCUGCUACUCGCGCACAACUGGCAAAGAAUGCAAAAACCAGCAGCAAUGGAGAGAAUGUCCACCUUGGUUCUGGAGAUGGGCAGCCCAAAGAUUCUGGGCCCCUUCCUCAAGUGGAAAAGAAACUCAAAUGUACAGUUGAAGGCUGUGACCGGACAUUUGUGUGGCCAGCUCACUUCAAGUACCACCUCAAAACUCAUCGAAAUGACCGCUCUUUCAUCUGUCCGGCGGAAGGUUGUGGGAAAAGCUUUUAUGUGUUGCAGAGGCUGAAGGUGCAUAUGAGGACUCAUAAUGGGGAGAAGCCCUUUAUGUGCCCCGAGUCUAGCUGUGGUAAGCAGUUCACUACAGCUGGAAAUCUGAAGAACCACUUGCGCAUCCAUACAGGAGAGAAGCCUUUCCUUUGUGAAGCCCAAGGAUGUGGCCGUUCCUUUGCUGAAUAUUCUAGCCUCCGAAAACAUUUGGUGGUUCACUCAGGAGAGAAGCCCCAUCAGUGUCAAGUAUGUGGGAAGACCUUCUCUCAGAGUGGGAGUAGGAAUGUGCACAUGAGAAAGCAUCAUUUGCAGCUAGGAGCAGCUGGGAGUCAAGAGCAGGAGCAAACUGCUGAGCCAUUAAUGGGCAGUAGUUUGCUUGAAGAGGCUUCAGUAACCAGUAAAAACCUGGUGCCUAUGAAUUCCCAGCCCAGCCUUGGUGGAGAGUCCUUGAACCUACCAAAUACCAAUUCUAUCCUAGGAGUUGAUGAUGAGGUGCUUGCUGAAGGAUCCCCACGUCCCCUGUCUUCAGUGCCUGAUGUGACACAUCACUUGGUGACCAUGCAGUCAGGGAGGCAGUCAUAUGAGGUUUCUGUCUUAACUGCCGUAAAUCCACAGGAGUUACUAAACCAAGGAGAUUUAACUGAAAGACGGACAUGAGCAUGGGUGUCAACUCCUGGAAGAGCAGCCCUGUCUGAUCCCAGAGUGCACACAGUGGGAACAGGAUGCUUAUGGCUCACGAUCUGCCAGAACCAAAAUGAAUCUGUGAAAGACAGGACCCCGCUUUGGCCUCUGUUCAUCUCUCCUGACAUAGAAGAUGAAUGUAGGAGAGCUUCUCUUCAAACUACAUCUGAUCCAGACAAGGAAGAAAGCAGUGAAUGUGGGCUGGGUAACUGUACCUACCUCUCUUCCCACUAUAAAAUUUUGGGAUGGACUUCUCCCAAAAGUGAAUUUG